AUGGAUGUAGCAGAGUCAAGAAUCGUGGAAGGUGAGAAUUGUCAAAACGCAAUGACAAAAGCACUGCUGCACAGCAUGUGUCUUCAGAAACAAUUAGAAGAAAGAUGUGAGCAAAUGGAAUCACAUUCCCGCAAGUGUAAUGUGAGAAUACAUUCUGUGGGUGAGAAAAUAACAGAGAGAGGCGAUAUGGUGGAGUUUGUCAAGGAAAUCAUCCGGGAUAAACUUGGCGUGGGCCUUGAAGAAAUCAGCAUAGCAGCAGCGCACAGGAUCGGGAAAAAGACGGGGACAGAGGAUCGGCCCAGGUCAAUAAUAGUACGUUUUCAGAACGAGAACAUGAAACAGCGUGUAUUACGGACGGCAUGGGAGACAAAGGACCUCAAGAUCAGAGACAAGAGGAUUUAUUUUGAGGAGGACUUCACUGACUGGGUUUAUAAGGAGCGUGGACAAUGUGGAAAGAUAAGAAAACAACUCCUAGAAAAGAAUAUAAAGUCAAGAAUUGUGUACCCCCCUAAAUUGAAAGUAUUUGAGAAGGAUGGACAAUACAAGUUGUUUGAUAACCCGCAAGCAGCAGCAGAGGGCGUACGAGCGUACGGCGUUACGGUGGAUAUCCCAGCCGCCAAACCAGACUUUGAGACUACACUAAAGGCAGAAGGAUGGCAGACAGCAGGCGCUGGGAAGAGGAGGACGAGAGAAAAUGAAAAUGAACUAAUGGAAAGUGUCAAGACAUUACUGGACUCUGGGAACCGGCAUAGAAAGGACAAGGACUAA